AUGUCUGCCACCAUGUCAGUCCAGAGACUCACGCAAAGAUGUCUCGACAAGUUUCAGAAGGCAAUUGUCAGAAAAGGCAAUACGCAGAAUCAGCGUCUCUUGGGGGAAAGGCUCGCUGGCUUCAACCUGUGGGCAGAUAACAUCAGAGACAUCACCAAGCCUGGUGCAUCUCUGGACUCUGGCGUUCAAUCUCGACCUGAUGAGCUCAAGUUAGCGAAGAACAUCUUGAAAAUUCUUGAUAGUUCCAUAGACAGGCACGUGGACGCCGUCGAUAAAGGUCUUCCCACAGAGGAAGCAUUGGCGAGUAUAGAUUCCGCCAUAGCAAACCUGGCGAAAAUUGGGGUUGCGAUACGCCGCGCGAGUAAAGAAUCGAGAAACGCCGGGGAGCGGCAAGAGACAGACGAAACUUCCAAUUCCGAUACUGAAGACGAGUUUGCGAACAACAGCUACUUUGAAGACAAAAGAUCAGCGGGUUCCUUGAGUCGUCAAAAUGCUCGAGGAGGGUCUUCAAUAUUCAGAUAUAUUCUUGCACAAGACAAAACGAACGAUCCCGAACAAAUUACAAGAGACUUGAACGCAGCCGUGUCACGAGGAGACGGGGAUGCUGUUCGCUCUCUGGUCAAAUCUUGCCGAAAUUUCGAUACUGAUGGCAAAAUAAGAAAAAGAGCAUUCAGAGCUGCUGUUCAGAGGGGGCACAUAGCUAUUGUCGGGCAGCUCCUUGGGAAUGGUGCCGAUGUUGAUUCGUGUGAUGAACAUGGCCAGACAGCACUAUUCUUUGCCAUUGAGCGAAAUGACAAGGCCAUGGUGCAAUAUCUUAUUGAGUCUGGUAUUGAUGUACACAUCAAAGACUACGAAGACCUGACCGCCCUACAUAUCGCCGUUCGGAAGGGUGAUAAAAGGAUCAUCAGCACCCUCUUCACUACGAGUGUUUACCAAAGAUUCACAGAUGAUCAGUUCCAAAAGGCGAUUUCAUGGGCUGAAAAGCAGGGGCAUCUAUCUGCCGCCAAACUGCUAAGAUAUGAGUCGAUCCUAAGUCAUGCGCAGCGCACUUUCGAUAUCAAAGAUCGUACUGCAGCGUCAAAAAGCGUCAUUCAAGGUAAUGACUGGUAUGCUCUUCUCGAUCCUCUGUUGGUGCCUUUACAUUUCGAUCUUGUGGGCACUUUUCCGCAUGAUAAAAAGAUUGGCAAGAUCGCUUUCAGCCGUGACGGAAAGUAUAUUGCAACCAGUGACAAGAACAGAACUGUGCAGAUAUUCGACGUUAAAACGAGACGAAAUGUGUUUCGAAGGGACUUGAAGCCGAGUAGAGGCGACCCACCUCCUGUUUGUUUCAGCUCUGAUGGACGAUAUUUACUCUUCGGAUCCCUUAAAUACAUAGAGGUAAGUAAGCCAUCAGCCGAAUCCCAAAUCCAAACGCUAAGGCAAACAUCAAAAUUUAGGAAUAUGAUAUGGAAAGGGAGUCCACAGGAUGCCACGGUUGUGAUCCUUCCUUUAUUGUCUCUGCACUUGAUGUCUCAAAAGAUGGCUGUUGCACAGCAUCCGGCGGUAGCGAUGGUACUGUUCGCGUUUGCCCAGAGGACGGAGAAAGUAGUACCUUUUCCACGAGAGCAGGAUGUAUAUCCAGGGUUGAGAUGUCUCCAGAUUGUCGGUUCGUCGCUGCAUGUGGCAAUGAUGGUUAUGCCUAUGUCUGGAACUUGA